AUCCUGCUUGUCGGAGUUCGGUGCAUUCUAGGUGAAAAUGAAAGCUUUCUCUUGGCUGGUGUGGUGGUGUUUGGUGUGUGUUGCCUUUUUCGCGGGCAGGAUUACACCGACGGAAAGCUACAUCGUCGAUCCGGGUCCGGUCGUGAAGGCCACCAAAGGGGAACUAUGGCCGAAAGCGAGGAAACAAGUCACGAGUAACCAGUUCAGCGCAAUCAAGCCGGGGACGUUCCAGUUUCAGUCCACCAAUUACACUUGUGACAUCUUGAGCAAAGCCCUUGAGCGCUACCAAAAGAUUGUGGUUGCCAUCGGGAACAACACACGGCGAGCGAGAGCCAGCCAAGCAUUCCCGGUGAGGCCUGAAGUAAACUCAGUUCAUCGCGCCAGAAAUCACCGAUCGUGGCGUUCGAAUGCGAAUUUCAAUGGAUACCUGGAUGUCGCUUCGGUGUCUCUCAACGCACCAUGCGAAACUCUACCGCAUCUCGCCAUGGAUGAGGAUUAUACCAUUGUGAUCGAUGAACAAAAGGCCCUACUGUCUUCGUUCUCCAUUUGGGGCAUGCUUCGGGCGUUGGAAUCGUUUGCACAGAUGGUCGUCCUUGCCGACGAUGGCAGCACGUUACUUAUCAAUGCAACUUCCAUCGACGACGGUCCACGGUUCUCACACCGGGGUUUACUGGUGGACACUUCGCGACACUUUAUCGACACCCGCACGCUCGUGCAGAUCCUCGACGGAAUGGCGUACAACAAGCUGAACGUGUUCCACUGGCACAUCGUGGACGACCAUAGUUUUCCGUACGAAAGUUCCACCUUCCCAGAAUUGAGCAAACAGGGUGCGUAUCACCCGUCGAUGGUGUAUACGCAAGCCGACGUAGCGAUGAUCGUCGAAGAGGCCAGACUGCGUGGAAUCCGUGUGAUGUCCGAAUUCGAUACGCCAGGGCACACACGAUCCUGGGGCGUGUCGCAUCCGGAGCUGCUGACAGAGUGCUACGAUCAGUACCAAGGAAAACUCGGACCGAUGGAUCCGACGCGCGAAUCGACGUACACUUUCCUCGAGAACCUGUUCCGGGAGGUGAUCCAGGUGUUCCCUGAUCAGUACGUCCAUCUCGGUGGCGAUGAGGUCGGCUUCGAGUGUUGGGCCAGCAACCCGAACAUACUGGAGUACAUGAAGCAGAACCGGCUGUACUCGUUCGAGAUGCUGGAGGAGAAGUUCAUCCAGCGCAUCGUGGACCAAAUCGACGCGCUAAACCGUAGCUCACUCGUCUGGCAGGAGGUGUACGUCAACGGGGUUCGCCUGCCCAACGGAACGGUCGUGCACGUUUGGACGGGCAAUCGACAGGAUCUGCUAAGCCGGAUCACACGCGAUGGAUUACCGGCUCUGCUGUCUUCCUGCUGGUACCUGGAUCACCUCAGCACCGGCGGAGACUGGCGCAAGUUUUACAACUGUGAUCCGCACGAUUUUGUCGGUACUGGAGCGCAGAAGUCGCUGGUGCUGGGCGGUGAAGCGUGCAUGUGGUCCGAGGUGGUAAACGGUCACAACAUACUGCCUCGUAUCUUCCCGCGCGUUUCGGCCACCGCCGAGAAGCUUUGGUCGUCCGCCGCGGUCAACAAUGCGGACGAGGCUGCCCGGCGGCUGGAGGAGCACACUUGCCGCAUGAACCAUCGGGGCAUUCCGGCACAACCCCCGAACGGUCCAGGAUUCUGUCUAUAAAGAUAACCCUGCAAUUCUUAACAUACAUCCACCCCUAACACAAUUGACUGCAUUGGCACUUGUUGUACCGUUAAAGGCAAAUAAAUAUUAUACAAAUAAAGUGGUUCAGCAUC